AUGGGUCCUCGCUACCAGAAUAUUGCUGUGAUCGGGGGAGGCCCUUCGGGAAUCUCAGCUACCAAGGCCCUUGUAGAAGAAAGAAUAUUCCAGACCGUGCGUCUUUUCGAGCGUCGAGACCGUGUCGGUGGAAUUUGGCAUUAUGACCCGGUCCCUGAUGUUUUCCCUACUGCAACGAAGGCUGGUUCAAAUCCGAAAGACAUUCCAUCAAAACUUCCACACUUUGCGCCUCCUGCUUUAGAGGAUCUCACCUCACGAACAGCCAUAUACGACACACUCGAUAGCAAUGUCGGUGCGAAGGCAAUGUCCUUUUCUCAUACCCCGUUCCCGCUUGUGAAUUCGGCUCAGUCCACAAGAUAUCUUGGACAUUCCAACCCUACGAGGCCUUUUCGCGUUGUUGCAAAGUAUCUCGAGGAACUUUUCAAAGAUUAUCUCCAUCUAGCCUCCUUCAAUACAACUGUUGUGAAGGCGGAGAAGAAGUCUGAAAAAUGGGUUCUGACGCUGCGACAGUCUGGACAUCUGGUCAAUGGUGAAUUGAAGGACUAUUGGUGGGAAGAACAAUUCGACGCAGUGGUUGUAGCAAGUGGUCAUUAUAGCGUCCCCCAGACGCCAGAAAUACUGGGAUUGGAGAAUGCUGCCACUAAAUAUCCGGCCCACUUCGAACAUUCGAAAGAAUUUCGCAAUCCUGAUGACUAUGUUGAUAAGAAAGUGGUGGUGGUUGGGGGGAAUGUCUCUUCGGCUGAUCUCGUUGCUGACCUUCAUGCCAUUGUCAAAGCGCCACUAGAGCUCUCUCAACGAGGCCACAACGAAGCCCUGGAUUCAGCUUGGAAUUUACCAAAUGUCAAGCUGCGACCAACCGUGAGCGAGAUCAAAACAUCGGCACGGGGGAUCAAUGUGUAUUACUCAGACGGGUCGGUAACCGAGGGUGUGGACAAAGUCCUCUUCGCUACGGGCUACAAGCUGUCCUAUCCAUUCAUCACACCAGACCCGGUUACUCCAAAUAACCGAGUUGCUGGAUUCUAUCAACAUAUUUGGAAAAUCGGGGAUCCGUCGCUGGCAUUGGUUGGACAAGUACGUGCCGCUAUCAGCUUCCGAGUUUAUGAGUACCAGGCUGUUGCUGUUGCUCGAUACUUUGCAGGCAGAAAUAAGGCGUCGCUACCUUCUCCCAGAGAGCAAGAUCAAUGGGAAGUUGACAGACUGCAGUACAAAGGAAAUUCGCCGAUAUUCCACGAAAUCAAACCCGACUUCAAGGAAUAUUUUGAUUUCUUGACGGAAUUGGCUGGUCCACCUGCAGCGGAAUCGGAUGGGUAUUCAUUGCCACCGUGGGAGGAUAAGUGGGCAGAACAUGCAUUCGAGAUAUUGCAGUUGAAGGAUAAGUACUGGAAAUCACUGCACAAGAAGAAGGAAGGUUUUGUCUCUGCCAAGCUGUGA